GCAAGCUGCCAAUUCCUCUCCCAAGAGACAUGAUCCUGAAAGACACCGAAGGAAAAAGCUGGAGAUUGGGCAGUCAGAUCGGCCAGGGAGGUUUUGGCUUGAUCUAUUUAGACUUGUUCCUUCCCUUGGAUUCCCUUUGCAUUUUUAUCUUGACCAGAGCAAAUCCAGCAGCUUAGAAAUACUAACUCCUUCCAAUCCUCCUGAAGAGAAAGGCUUUCUCUCUUGUCAGCAGCAACAGAAGCCAUCUAGAGAUGUUCUCUCAAGCAUUGCUGUUGCAGCAAGAACAAUUGGAUUCUUCCCCUCAAAUCCAUGUUCCUGUGGAUGAUGAUGCAGUUCAUGUAAUUAAAGUGGAAUAUCUUGAAAAUGGCCCGUUGUUUUCUGAACUGAAAUUUUACCAGAGGGCUGCAAAACAAGAGCACAUAAGAAAAUGGAUGAAUCUCAAAAAAAUAAAAUGUCUAGGAAUUCCAGUGUUUUGGGGAUCAGGCUUGGCUGAAUACAAGGGAAAAAGCUAUAGGUUCAUGGUCAUGGAGAGACUUGGGGAAGACCUUCAAAGAAUCUUUGAAGAUUGUGGAAGCAGAUUUAAGAAGGAGACUGUUCUGCAACUUGGGGCACGAAUGUUGGAUACUUUGGAAUAUAUACACGAAAAUGAGUAUGUUCAUGGUGACAUUAAAGCAGCAAAUCUACUUCUGGGCUACACUAAUCCACACGAGGUUUAUCUUGCAGAUUAUGGACUUUCCUACAGAUAUUGUCCCAAUGGGAACCACAAACACUAUCAGGAAAAUCCUAGGAAGGGCCAUAAUGGAACAAUAGAGUUUACCAGUAUAGAUGCCCACAAGGGAGUAGCUCCAUCCAGGCGAAGUGACCUUGAAAUCCUUGGCUACUGUAUGCUGCAAUGGUUGUGUGGGAAGCUGCCCUGGGAACAGAACCUGAAGGACCCCGUAUCCGUCCAGACUGCGAAAACAAAACUUAUGGGUGAGCUCCCAGAUUCAGUGAUGGAAUGGGAUUCUUCUGGAAGCGGCUCUAGUGAAAUAGCCAAAUUUUUGGCCUGUGUUCGUGGCUUGGCUUAUGAUGAGAAGCCAAAGUAUCAAGUGCUCAAGAAAAUCCUCCUGGAUGGACUGGAGUCAAGUGGAACUUGCUAUGAUGGGCCUCUGGACUUUUCUGCUGCAGCUGGCAUGCAAAAUCACUGCACUGCUAAAGCCUCAAAACAGCAAGUUCGUUUACCAAAGCCUGUGCCAAAACUUGUUCAGCCGAAGCAAAAGAAGGAAGGGGAAGAAAACAUCUGUCACAGCAAAGCCUGUAUAGGGAAAGCAGGCAAACAACUGCAAGAUGAAGAAAAGCCAUGCAAAUUUACCAGGAUGCCUCACCACAUGGAGCCUCAGCAGCAUACAGAAUUACUGCCUGUGCCUCAACGGGUUUGCUUACCAAAGCCGUCACCAAAGACAGUGGAACCGAAGCAAAUCAAGGUGAGAGAGGAAGAACUGAACUGCCUAACCAGGUCCCGUGCUUGUGCGAUACGCCAGCAGUUCCGGUCUGAAGAGAAGCCAAUUCAAUUUUACACUCCGAUGCAGGAGCCUGAUCACCCACAGAAGAAAGACACUGCAAGAGAAUUACCAUCAUUUGGUCCCCAAGUAAUAUUCUCUGGACCCAAAAAGAAAUGUGACCAGCUUUUAACUACAGAUCAUCCAGUAUCACUGCAAGACACAGUUUCUGACAUCACUAGUCCUUCUACAUCUGUUAUGUUAAGGCUUGCAUUUACUGAUGAAACAUACCACUACAGUAUAGCUAUACUCGUCCUUCUGUUACUAAUAGUACUUUCCUUGUAUUUUCUUUGAUGCACUCUUUCACCGUCCUCAGUGUUCCCAUCACACAGGCCAUUCCUCAGAGUUUCUUCACUGAAGAUUUCAGUGUUAGGGGCUUGAAAAAGAGAUUUUAAAUAAUACUGUCAAUAGGUAUCUGUUACUUUCCCCAUCUGCACUCAAUAAUUCCUGUUUGUACAAGGCUGGUUUGUUUUAUAAAUGUUGGGAUUCAUUAUUGUUGAAACUGGACCUCUCCUGAAGCAACAUUAAAAAAAGUAUAAUGCAAGACAAGGGGAUGUGACACUUAAUUCCUCUAAUACCAGUAUGUU